GCCGAGUCGAGGUAUUUCUCGUAAAAGAUCGUCCGUCUCAACAUGAUUGAGUGGUUUCAGUCGACCAUGCGGGGGCUGUUAACUGCCGCACUGCUCUUUUUUCUGCCAAAAGAGUCGGUGUGCAUUCAGGUGAAUGUUCCCCAGCAGGAGCGCAGCACGGCCCUGUUCAGCUCGGUGAUACUGCGCUGUGACUACUCCACCUCAGCCAACCCCCAAGAAGUCCUGGUCACCUGGAGGUACAAGUCCUUCUGCAAGGACCCAGUCCUUGAGUACUACUCCACGUCAUACCAGGCUGCUUUACAGUUGGGACAAGACCCAUCAAAUGACUGCCCAGAUCGCCAGCGGACGGUGCGCACUGUGGUCCAGAAGAGGGGAUCAAAUGAGGCUAUACUAGGAUCAGAGUAUCGUGAACGCAAGAUCUCUGUCCAGAACAAGGCAGACCUGGUGAUCAAUGAGAUUAUGUGGUGGGACAACGGUGUGUAUUACUGUUCCAUUGACGCUCCGGGAGACACCUCUGGAGACUCUGAUAAAGAAAUCAAACUCAUCGUCUAUCACUGGUUAACAGUGCUCUUCAUCGUCAUUGGAGCUCUCCUCCUCAUCAUGCUUUUUUGUAUAUGCUGCUGCCAGUGCUGCCCUCAGAGGUGCUGCUGCUAUGUCCGCUGCCCCUGUUGCCCAGAGCAGUGCUGCUGUCCUGAAAAAGUGGUGAUGCAACAUCGUAUGAUAAAGGAAGCUCAGAGGGCUAUGGCACCCUGGAUGGGAGGCCAGCCUGUGUAUGGCCCUAUGAGCCAUGCCUCCUCUUCCCAAAUGAACCCACUGCUGUACUCAGGAUCUGCUUCAGGGAAGAGCAUUCCUAUGCAGCCCAUGCCCCUCCCACCUCCUCAUUCUUCAGCCUACAGCAUGCCCCCACCCAGUGUCCAUGGUAACCAUACCCCUGCAAACACCAAUCAGAUGUUAGAUUACCUAGAGAACCAGAUAAGGGGGAUAGAAAUGACCAGUCCCCUUUUACAGGUAUGUCCUCCACCUCACCUCCAGCAGAUGCCACCUCCUCCCCAGCAAAUGCCCACAUCUGUCCCCUUUUCUGCUGGCCCUCCCAGUAUGCUUUCAGCCCUUGACGAGCAUGACCGCACAGAGCACCGCAUGAUCACACUUCCACCAAUCAGAGAGCAGCAGCCCAGCAGAGUGCCACCAUCUGCACCUAAGACACGUCCUCCAAGCUCCAGUGAGAGCAGCCGUAGUGGCUAUGCCCAUCGCCGUGAUGACCGCAGAAGAGAAGCAGCAAGACGUUAUCCAUCACCAGCCCGCUCAAGAGGUAUCCCUCGGAGCUACAGUGAGGAGUCCUUGGAUGGACGAGCUCGUGGGGCUCGGGGAGGGAUGGACCGCCCUCGUUCCCGUUCCCGGGAUGACCUGAUUGAAAUAAGGCCCCGAAGUAACUACUCUCCCCCAGCAUCAUGGCGAUCAAGACGUGGGUCCUGGAGCUCGGAUGAUGAAGACAGUAGUCGCAGAGGAGGAGGAGGAAGAGGUGCAAGGAGAGGAGGUGGAGGUUGGGGUGACAAACCUCCAAGCUACACAGAGUAUGAGCCCGGACAGAAACCAGGAGCACGGAGGAAUGAACAGUACUCUGACAAGAGAUCUCGCAGUGGCACCAGUGUCGUCAUCUGAUUCCUCCUGCGGUGAAACACCCAGUGGUCUCUGUUUAAGAGAACGUGCAAACCUCAGUAGAACUGGGAGCAGGUAGUUAAUAUUAGAGUGAAGCACAUCGUUUGGCUACCACUACACUUUUGCAGUGCUCUGCCAAUAAAGAU